GAAGGCCUUAAGUAUUUAUAUUUAAUAAACGGCCUUAUGGAUGUGCUGCUCUGGGUGCCCUAUAAUAACCUAGGUACUCUCUAUUAUGACCUGGGUGACCCUGGUAUAUAUAGCAGGGCGAAUAUUAAAAGGCAUAAAGCUCCUAGGACUUAA